AUGCUGGCCGGCAUUGCCUAUGAGGCCCUGCUGGGAGGGUGGCUAGACGUCGCCCUCGUACUCGUCUUCACAACUUGGCGGGAGGCGGCAUUGAUCCGCUACACCUUUGUCGCUGUAAGGUCCUCACUAUUGAACGACCAUGACACCGGUUUGGCAGUUGCCUGGCCAUACAUCAAGCCAUUGGCUGUUGUCUCCUUUGCUUUCCUGGUUCUGGGAAGCUGGUUACACAGGACCCCUGCCAAGCAAACGACGUGGCCGGGAUUGGGGAAGCCCCUCCUCAUCCCAGCCAAGACGACGCACCGGAGAACCUUCCCCGCCAAGCAUGGCUUCUCAUACUCCUAUCUUGUUGUCGGUGUUCCAGUCGGCUGGACCGGGUCCGCCGGCGGUAUGGUCUCUUCAGGGACUGAAUUGGACUCUUCCGAUGGCCGUAGCCUCAUUUCAUGGCUGAGAGCGAAGACCUUUGGGACACGGGCUUGGUUUCACGUCAGCGAAGCAGACCACCUUGGGAGAGAGCCUGGGACCCUUGAGACCAAGUUGCACAACUACUUGAAGUCACAGGUGCGGAACCUCUCACUACAUCUUACCUCAGCGGGAGCGAUCGAGCAACAUACGCCAGCGGCCAUGAUCCUAGAGGUCAACAACACCUUUGGCGAACGGAGAAUGUAUUUCCUGCCCAUGGACGAAAGGGUGGCCGACGAACCCAAUGCCAAUACUAGCAAAUUAUUCAAGUCCUGGCCGAAGGACUUUCACGUCUCCCCGUUCAAUUCUAGGAAAGGAUCGUACUCGCUGCAAGUUCACGACAUGUUGAGCUCGAAUAGCAACAAACCAGGCCGUCUUGAUGGCACCAUCACUCUCAAGUCUUCCAAGGAUCACCCCAAGAUCGUCGCCCGCCUCUUCCAAGAAGGAGAUCCCGUUGACCCCACAACAGCGAGCUUGGCCACGAAGUUGAGGUUCCUUCUCGGCUGGUGGUGGGUGGGCUUUGUGACGUUUCCAAGGAUCGUCAAGGAGGCAGGUCGGCUUUUCUUCCGCCGCAAGCUCCAUGUCUGGUUCCGCCCCGAGCCCCUCAAAGACAGCAUGGGCCGUGUCGCCGACACGACGGAGCGGCAGCUGGAGCCCAUCUUCCGGGAUUAUUUACACCACCUCGUACAGCAGUCAGGUGCAAAUUUGACCGUGAAGUACACCUCGAGCAGUGGAGACGCGCCCCUCAUCAUCCAAGGAACCUCCCCUUCGGGGGCGGUCAGCAAGCACACAGAGCUGCAAGCCGCCGAUAGCGACGACCACAUGGAAUUCAGAGUUCUGACGCCGGUGUUCUAUACUCGGUUCGUUCACUACGCACAUGACUUUGAGGCAGUCUUCAGCGAGCUACGCGAGAGCGAAACGAUAUGGGUGUCACGGCCAGAGCUGCUGCCCCGUCUCUUCGUGUCGAAGAAGGCUGCGGCGCCGCUGAAUAUCAGCAGCCCACUGGACUUUGUAUAUUUCAAAGCCAUUCGUGCGCUGCGAGAGCGGCCGGAACGCAUCGAGCGACCACUGACAUCAAGUGCGGUGGCCGCACCAUCUGAGAAGGCGGGCACACAGCGGACGGAUGACCUGAGGCAGUUCCGCAUCUCAGGCAUGGACGGCUUUGUCCUCGCACACGAAGACAAGCAUGUGCGGAAACUCUACCGGUCGCUUGUGCUGAGGGUCUUCCUCGCUGAGAGGUUGGCCCUGGGUUCAAUGGAGCUGCUCUGGCUGCAAGAGCUGGUUCUCCGCGUCGGUACGGCCUGGGCAGUUUCUAAAAACACAAGUGGCUAUCUCGCAGGCAGAAUCACGGCGUAG